AUGGGGCGUGCAAAAGUAGCAAUAAAAUACAUCAAUAAUGAAAAAGUUCGCAAAAUAACUUUUAUGAAUAGAAAAAAAGGAUUAACAAAGAAAGUUUCGGAUUUUUCUAUCAAGUCCGGAGGCAAAGCUUGCUUGAUUAUGUAUGAUGGUGAUGAUAAUGUUGCGCCAACAAUAUGGCCACCAGACCCUACACUUGUAAACUCAAUGCUUCAAGAAUAUGAGAAUCAAAAGAUUGAAACAUCUCUUAAGAUUUUUGAUAUCAAAGACUACUUCAAAAUUAAGAAGGAAAUAAUUGAAGCUGAAAUUUUAAAAGUGAAAAAAGCUAUAUUGGGGAACAAGUUUCCAACUUGGGAUCCAUCUUUCAAUAACAUGCAAGUGGAGCAUCUUACGGCUUUCAUGGAGACUAUAAAUGCUAAGAUUCAAGAUUAUUUCACUAAUCAUGUUGAUUUGCCUCCAAAUUCAUCAACAAACCAACUUUGUCAACUUGUGGAGUGUGAUGAUUUAGAGGUUAAGCCUAUUAAUGUUUGUCAACUUAUGGAGUGUGAUGAUUUAGAGGUUAAGUCUAUUAAUGAACGAGCCAAUCAAUUUGCUGAUGUUGAUGAUUGGACCAAUCAACUUGAUGAUGAUAUUUUGAAUUGGAUUCGUCAACCUGAUCAGUUUUCUUGGAAAGAUAUUUCCUUGUUACCUCCAACUGAGCAUGAAAGUGCAAGUUCGAAUGCAUUGACCCGACCAAAAUAUAGUUUUUAA